AUGGCAGCAGAAGCCUCGUCAUCCAGCAAGGGCUCGGCAGCCCAACGCUACCGAGACUUCAUCGUCGGCUCCGCUCCACCUCGUUCUGCGCUCGUGGCCGCCGUGCAGGGUGUUUCCGAGGCGCCCAGCGAAAAUCCGCAGGGUGGCGAUCCCGCAAGCACAAGCCCAAUCGCCGACUUCCUCUUCGUCCGCCAGACGGAGGCGUCUGUGCGCAGGGCAGUCGUAGCCCAUGCAGGGAAUGUCAUCUAUGCUGUCGCGCACGAGAUGGUCCAGAUUGUUCUGCCCUACGUCAACAAAGAAGUCGGCGGCGACGUGAUUAGCUUCUCCAACUACCGGACCGCUGUGAACAGCCUGCUCCUCUUCGGGGGCGUGGGCGUUGGGAAGCUUGCAGACAGGGCUGGCCCCAAGGUAGCCCUGAUGGCAGCGCACGCUGCCAGUGCCUCGAAGUUCUUCCUGGUCGCCUCUGCGACCAACCUCCGGUCACUGUACCUCUCGGCCCUUCCUGCUGCAUUGAUGCAUGCAUUCCAGGUCACAUUGCAUGUGGCGACGCUGAACUCGGAGGACGACCAGAGAGCCGCAGCACUGGGCCGUGUCGGCGCGCUCUAUGGUAUUGGCUUCCUUGCCGGCAGCGGCCUCGUCGUGGGUGUUCUCUCUGUCCUGGGUUUUAAAGUCGUCCUCGCCAGCUCUGCGGGCAGCAUUUGCUUCAUGCUUCAGCAGUUCGCGAUGGAGCCCUUCGGCUUCCACGCAUCCGAGGUAGCGAUGCUCAUGGCCUAUGUCGGCCUUUUGCAAAUCGCCUCCCAGUCGCUGAUCCCAGCCUCGGCGGCACCCCGGGAGCUUUACGCCACCUCGGCCGUCACAGUUGCCGGGAGCCUCCUUGGCCUGGGAUUGAUGCCUGCCUCGAAGCACGGAUUCGUGCUGUGGCUGGCGCCGCUGAUGCUCAGCUUCCACUCAGCUAACACAGCGCUGGGAUCUCUUCUCACCUUCUACGUCCCGGAAUCUGAGCUGGGCACAGUCAUCGGCCUCAGUGUAGCGACGAUGCCUCUCAGCAGCAUCCUCGCCGUGCAGGCCGCCGGGCACAUCUUCAAGCGACAUGGCUUCGCUGCAGUUCCGUUGAGCUCUGCCGGCUUCCUCUUGGCUGCCUCGGCCCUGAUUUUCGCCUUUGGCUGGCUGCCGCCUUCCGAGGGCUCGGAGAUGGAAGUGGAAGAGGUGCAGGACCCGCUUUGA